AUGCCAUUUCGAGAUCAAUGGCGUGAUGUGCAAACUCUACAUCAUGAUGGAAUGCCAAUCGAUACUAACAACAAUGAAACAGCCAAAUUGUUUGAUGCAGCACUAACCCAAUACAUAGGCAGGUACAAUGACCAACAAAUGAAUGGCCUCAAAAUGACUCUCACUCGUCUUCUGUCAUCCGAUCCAACUUGUAUUACAAGUCGAAUUUUGAAUGCUGCUCUCCAUUUACCUUCUCUUGUAUGUCCACCGUCCUUGCUUCAUUCCAAGAUUGCUCAAACUUUGGGCGAUAUUACUUCUUCCAGCACCUAUAUCAAACUUCAUACACAAGCUCUUCUUUAUUGGUCACUUGGCUAUUUAUCGCUUGCAGCUGAUACUUGGGAAACUCUACUUCUUAGUUAUCCGUUCGAUAUUAUGGCCAUUAGAUUUGUUUCUGACAUAUAUAUCUAUCUCGGAAAUCGAAAUAUGCUUCGAGAUUCGAUAGCUCGUAUUUUACCUAUUUGGGAAUCAUCGUCAUCCAAUCGUCCACUAAAAUCCUAUUUGCAUGGUAUGUAUGCAUUCGGUUUGGGUGAAAUGAACAUGAUCGAAUAUGCUGAGAAAGAAGCUCGACUAGGAUUGGAACUCAACGAACAUGAUGCAUGGGCAACUCAUGCAUUGGUUCAUGCCAUGGAAUAUACGGGUCGAACAUCAAAUGGCAUUGAGUUUUUAGAAAAAACGCAACAACAUUGGCGAAAGAUCGAUAUGGUUGAAUCACAUCUGGACUGGCAUUGGGCGUUGUACGCUUUAGAUGAAGAUAACUGGGAAAAAGCGACAGAAAUUCUUGAAAAUUAUUUUGUAAAAUGGACAGAUAAAACAAUAAGUACAUUGAACUAUGUCGACGCUGCGUCAUUAAUCUAUCGACUCAAAUUAACUAGACAUCCUUGUUCAUCGAAAUUGUUUUCUGUACUAAAAAACUUUCUGCAUGAUCAUCUUAAUGAUCAUCGGCUAUUGUUUACAGAUUUCCAUCACUAUUUCGUUUUGGAGAAUUUUGUUGAUAUUCAUACGAAAACUAAUUUUAUUCGUUCACUUAAAGAAACAUUCGAAUCAUCUGAUUCAGACUAUGGUAAAGUAUAUCAUCGAAUUGGUAAACAUAUUUUUGCUGCUAUCGAUCGUUUCGAUGAGGGUGCUUAUGCUCAAGUGGUAGACAUUCUAUACCCAAUUCGAAAUCAAUUUUUUACCAUUGGUGGAUCAAUUGCUCAACAAGAUGUGUUCAACUUAUUACUGAUCCAUUCGGCUGUAUAUUCAACUGAGAAUCGACAUCGACAAUUAGCCAAACAAUUGAUUAAUGAACGAUGCCAAAUGCGAGGGCCAAAUAAGUCAAAAAUGAUGGAAAAUUAUGCGAAUGCCAUUCGAGAAGAUUGA